GCGAAGGGAGUAUGCCGUUAUAUAUGUGCAUCUUGGUGGGUGGGACGUGAGAGAAGCUGUUAGUUAUAAGGUUUAGUUUCCUGGUACGUUUCCGCAUUUCCCUCUUGUCGGGCUUCACGCUGAGUGACUUGUCUUCAGGACAGCUUUCUGCACCUCCAGUUUGGAAAUCCGCACUUAUCCUACAAUGGCAGCGAUUGGAAACCGUGGCACAGUGACUGAGGCGGCUGGUUUUGACCCAGAGGCAGAUGUCCAGAGGCUUAGAGAAGCCAUGAAGGGAGCUGGCACUAAUGAGGCAGCUAUCACCGAGGUCCUAUCACACUGUACUAUUGCCCAGAGGCAGCGCAUCAAAGAGGCCUACAAACAGUCAGUGGGGAAGGACCUGGCUGAUGAUCUGUCCUCAGAGCUGAGUGGGAACUUCAGGAGUGUUGUUCUCGGUCUGCUGAUGCUGGCACCUGUGUAUGAUGCGUACGAGCUGAAAAGUGCAAUGAAGGGGGCUGGAACGGAGGAGGCUUGUCUCAUCGAUAUUCUUGCUUCAAGGUCAAAUGCUGAAAUAAAAACCAUCAAUGCCGUCUACAAGAAAGAAUAUGAAAAAGACUUGGAAGACGAUGUGUGUGGGGACACAUCUGGAAUGUUUCAGAGGGUUUUGGUCUCUUUACUCACGGCUGGACGAGAUGAAAGUGACAAAGUGGACGAGGCCCAGGCUGUUCUAGAUGCCAAGGAAAUCUAUGAGGCCGGUGAGGCUCGAUGGGGCACGGACGAGGUUAAAUUCCUCACGGUGCUUUGUGUGAGGAACCGAAACCAUCUGCUGCGAGUGUUUGAGGAGUAUCAGAAGAUUUCUGGAAGAGACAUUGAGGACAGCAUUAAGAGGGAGAUGUCUGGCUGUCUGGAGGACGUCUUUCUGGCCAUAGUGAAAUGCAUAAGGAACAAGCCAGCGUUCUUUGCAGAGCGAUUAUACAAAUCAAUGAAGGGGCUGGGCACUACUGAUAGUGUCCUCAUCAGAAUAAUGGUUGCCAGGGCGGAGAUUGACAUGUUGGACAUUAAGGCGCAGUUCCUGAAGAUGUAUGGAAAGACUCUCUACUCUUUCAUCAAGGGUGACACGUCUGGUGACUACCGCAAAAUCCUGCUGGAGCUGUGUGGAGGCGAAUAAAAGAAACAUCAGAACAACAUCCAUCUCUGUCUUUUCAUUCUGCAGACCACAUUAGGAGCUUUUUUUCCCCGCUGAUGACAUUUCUUCUUCCACGGCCUUCACACUUCACUGAAUGGCUGCAGUGCCUUGUUUUACUGUUUGUUCUGUAAUACCAAUUAAACCAAAGACCUUUUGCAAA